UGUGGGCCCUUCAUUAGAGCCUGCCAUAUAAGCUGAGGGCACGGGGUGGCCAGGAACUCUCCGGGCAAGGAUCCAGCAAGCAGAGGCCAUGCUGACCGCCGUGCUGCUGAGCGGUGCCCUGCUGCUGGCGCUGCCUGCCCUGCAGGGGGCCCAGAUGGGCUUGGCCCCCCUGGAGGGCAUUGGAAGGCCUGACCAGGGCUUGUUCCCAGAGCUGCCAGGCCUGGGCCUGAGGCCUGGGCUGAAGAAGACACCUGCAGAACAGGCGGAAGAGGCUCUGCUGCAGGAGGCCAAGGACGUGGCAGAGGUGCUAGAUCCUGAAGAACGUGAACCACGCUCCCCUCGUCGAUGUGUACGGCUGCACGAGUCCUGUCUGGGACACCAGGUACCGUGCUGUGACCCAUGCGCCACGUGCUACUGCCGAUUCUUCAACGCCUUCUGCUACUGCCGCAAGCUGGGUACUACCAUGAACCCCUGCAGCCGCACCUAGUUGGCCGAAGUCAGAACCAGGACUGGGAUGAGUGGCAUGAAUAAAGUAUGGGACCA